AGUGCUCCGCGCGGGGGUCGGCCGCGGUCCUGCCUCCCGGGGCGGGGGCGCGCCAUGAGGAAGGCGGCGGCGGCCGUGGGGGUCCUGCCAGGCUGGGCAGCUGCGCAGGCGGUCUCCGUGGACGCCGGUGCCCUGGAGGACGGGGGAAGUGGUCCCUGCCGGACUGGAUCCCGUUCGUAGGCGGCCUUGGGACCGAUGGCGCGGGCGACUCCCACGAGUGUGGCCCUGGGGACCAAGCGCCGCCGCUGAGCGUCCCGGAGGACCGGCUGAGGUGGUGCUGCGAGGCCAAGGGGGUGUGGUGCCCGCUGGUCGCGAUGCCCACGACGACAACGGAGAGGCCCUUCGACUGCCGCGCUCUGACGUCGGAGGCUGCCCGCCAGGCGCCGCGCGGGCGGUCCGCGGGCGACGCCCUGAAGAGGCUGUGGUGCUGCCAGUACGAGGGGGUCGGAUGCCCUAAGGAGACGACGGGGAGGCCACCACUACGUCCGCGCCGUACGACUGCCGCGAGGGUGUGGCCGACUGGCAGGGGAGAGUUGGUCGGAGCAGAAGAAGAGGUGGUGCUGCGCGCACGGCGCCCUUGGCUGCGAGGACGACGCGGAGGCCGCGGAGGCGCCCAGUGGGACGACCACUCCCGCCGCCGCGCCUCAGGAGGGUUGCCCUCCGCGGCCAGCUGCGACGUGCAGUGCACCGUGAAGGACUUCUCGGCGCCGUGCCAGGAGUGGGUGCACCUGGGCGUCCAGCAGGAAUCCGAGUUCGCCUCCGAGGCAAACCCCUGCGCCCGCGCGCGCGACCUUGUGGCCAGAGAGUGCCCGCAGUGCGCCGCGUGCGACCUUGACGCCCUCUGCGGCGCGGAGCCCGCGUCGACCGACGGCCACGCCGCUGAGGGCGGCGAUCCCGCCGAUGCUGGGAAUUUGAAUGCCACGGCCACCCCAGCGGCGGCGUCCUCUGGGAAAUACGACUGCCACGGCGCGGGACCUUCCGAUGACAAGAGCCUGUGGCCGGAGGACGACCAGAAGGCGUGGUGCUGCGAACACCACCUGGUGGCCUGCUUCGGCUGUGGCGUGAAGUGCGUGGUGGAGGGCGUGUCGGCCACGUGUGCCGAGCGCGUGGCGUGGUCGAAGGACAACCAGUUCAGCGACCGCCAGGACGCCUGCUCGGUGGCGCAUGACCAGGUGUCCGAGGACUGCCCCGUCUGCUCUGGGUGUGAGCUCGGCGAGGCCUGCCCUGGGCCGAACGCCACGGCCAGCGACGGCGCACCAGGCGCGAACGCCACUGGCCCGCGGGCGCCGAGCGGCGUGGAGACGGUGGCCGAUGGCACCUCGACGGAGGCCACCUCGACGCAGGUGCCGGCCAUCACGGAGGCGGCUUCGACCAGCACCACCACCAUCUAUCACCACCGUUUCCACCUUCGUUGAGGUCACCAGUUCCCUCCCGGUGACAACGACGCGGACGGGGACGACCACCACAGAGACCAGGACGACGACCAUGGAGGCCACCACGGAGACCACCAGGACGACCACCAGGACGACCACCAGAACGACCACCAUGGCCCCGACAACCACCGCGGAGCCGACGCCAGCGCCCACAGCUAGCGCCACCACCACCGCCGCCGCCCCCGCCGAGCCGGAGCCGGAGCCGUACGACUGCGAGGUGCUCGGGGGCAACGCCGAGGCGAUUGCGCAGCUGUGGUCGCCGCGGCGGCGCGAGUGGUGUUGCGAGCACCACCAGCAGGGCUGCGCGAAGGAGGAGGAGGAUCGGGGCCCUUCGACUGCGCGCAGGGCGUCCUGACGUGGGAGCACUCGUGGCCUUUCCAGAAGGCGCAGUGGUGCUGCGCGCAUUACGAGGUCGGGUGCCCAGACUCCUUCCAGCCUGGCCGCCUCUUCGCGCGGAGCGGCGGCCCGGCGCGCCGCCCCCCGGAAGGCGGGCGGGCCGGAGCCGCCCCGCUCGCCGCCGCGCCGCUGCUGGUUGCCGCCGUGGCCUGCGUGGCCCUGUGCCCAUCGUGCGGACCUCGGCGAUCGCCCGCCUCUCCCGCGGGCGCACCGGCUGGGGCGGCGGCGGCGCCGGCGGGCGCGGCGGCUACCCUGCGCAGCCGGCAGCCGCCGCCGCGCGGGCGGAGCGCGAGGCGCUGCUGGAGGGGCCGCCGGCGCCGGCGCAGGUCUGAGCGGUGGCGGCCCGUUGCUCGAACAGCCAACAAAGCGACGUACGUAAACUCGGAGCCAGCUGGGGGUCUGAGAUGGCCCAGCACCGGUUCUCGCCGGCAGGAAAGGGGGGAUAUCAUUUGUUGUUGGGCGUCCAGCCCAUGCUUGCCGUACCCCUGUCGGG